UAAAAGUGGAAGGAAGUUUCUGAGACUGUCUUGUCUUUUACUGUUUCUCGUGGGCUACUAAAUAUUAAAGUAACUGAAACAAUGAAGGUGAUGCAGUCAAUUUAUACAUUCGUGUUCUUUAUAACAUGUCUACAGGUGGCAACAUUUUCAGAGGACACAACCGAUGAGGUUGGUUACCUUAUAAACCCUGCAAAUGAAGAAUAUGAGGUUGAUAAAGACACAAACCCUGCAAAUAAAACAUUGGUUACAGAUACGGACAGUAACAAUGCUUCAAGGUCCCAAGACAAUUCUGUGUCUAUUGUACACCAAACUUCCAAAGCUACUUCAACAACAACUGCAGCAAAAACAACAAAACUAACAGAACCUACACAGAAUAGUGAAUCAACCACAACUACUUCAAGAACAACUGUAACAAAAACAACACAUAUAUUGAAUGAAUCAACCACAGACAAUUUAUUGUAUACUGUACACCAAACUUCCACAGAUACGGAGAGUAGCAGUGACUCAAGUUUCCAAGCUAAUUUAAUAAUAACUGCAGCAAAAACAACAAAACUAACAGAAACUACAUCGAAUAGUGAAUCAACCACAAUGAUUACAGAUACAGAGAGUAGCGGUGAUUCAAGUUCCCAAGCUACUUCAACAACAACUGCAGCAAAAACAACAAAACUAACAGAACCUACACCGAGUAAAGAAUUAACCACAAUUAUACACUAUGUAAUCUAUCCAGUUGCAUUUGCUGUUGCAUUUGCGGUUGUCUUCAUUCUUGGACUACUUGUAUGCCGGAGAAUAAGAUCUUGGAGGAAAGGUUUUGAAGGUGACACAGAUUACGCAUUGGUGCAGCUACCAAAACCAGCUGAUAACGAUGCUGAGAACCAACAGGAACCUGACUAUGCAGUUGUGAUGGAACCAAAAAUAUCUGAAAAUGAAAAUCAGGAAAAUAAGGACUCUGACUAUGCCCUUAUCCAGGAACCAAAAGUCGCUGAACAAAAUUGCCCGGCUAAUAUAGACUCGGAUUAUGCAGUUGUGGACCUAAACACAGAUGAAAAAAAAGCACCAGACAGUAAGGACUCUGACUAUUCUCUUGCACAGGCACCAAAAGUUGCUGUCCAAGUAUUUGACAGCAGUAAUGACUACGCAGUUGUUCAGAAACCAAAAGCAAAUGAAAAAAAAACUCCGACUCCAAAGGACUCUGACUAUUCCCUUAUCCAGGAACUGGAAGUUUCUGAACAAAAGUCAGAGGACAGCAAAGAUUCCGACUAUGCAGUUGUUCAGAAACCAAAAGUAGACAAGCAAAAAGCUCUGGAUAAUAAGGACUCUGACUAUUCCCUUGUGCAGGCACCAAAAGACGCUGAACAAAAAGCUCCAGAUCAUAAAGACUCAGAUUAUUUCCUUGUGCAGGCACCGAAAGGCACAGAACAGAAGGAAAACUGAAUGAAGAAUUGCACCAGGAAACGGAGUCCCUAGAAGACUGCCUAUAACUAAUUUCCGUUAUUAUUACUCACAUAUUUGAAUGCAGAUUUUAAGGAUUGUGUUUCUUUCAUUAAUUAUAAUAAGUUUGCGUAUCAUAAAACCAUUUUUCAGCUAUUUUAAAAUGGUUAAAGUGUUCUAAUUUAUUACAGUUUGACCUAAGAAUCGUUUUUUAAAAAAAAAAAAAAAAAGUUAUUGUAAAUAGAUCUUGUAAUAAAUAUAUUUUUGGAACAUUGCUCAACACUUUUUUGUUUGAUCCUCAAGGACAACCUUUGUAUGCACAUUUUGAAUUUUGUGAGCUUUUGCAGUGUCAGUGCAGAAAACAUGCUACAUAUUAAAAAUAUACAAACAAAGCGUGUC